AUGUUAGAAGAAGAUUCAGCCAUACAGCAAGUUAGAACAUCUUUAAAUAUCGUUAGUACUAAAACUAUGCGUGUCAUUAUCAUUCUAUCAAUGUUUUUUAUUGGAACUUUGCAUGCUUUGAAUUGCUUUUGUCCAAACGGAGGAAAGAAUUGUCCAAAACCAAAAUGUCCGCCGGGUGUCAGAGUUGUAAAAGAUAUGUGCGGUUGUUGCGAUGUUUGUUACAAACAAAUGUGGCAGACAUGCGGCGGACCGUUUAAUGCACUUGGAAAAUGCGAUCACACAAAGAAAUUGAUUUGCGCAGAGAAGCCAUUCUGUGUGUCAAUGAUGAGAAAAUCGAAAGUGAACAUCAUGCCUGGGAUAUGCAUACCAACCAGACACUACAAACUACUGAGAAAAUAUUGCAAGUAUCAAAGUGAUCUGUUUUGCGGUAACCCAUUUGAAGAAGAAUAUUAAGGGCACUUACGUUCAAACUUCCAGGAAUCUAAUUUCU